UCUGUCCUCUCUCUCUCUCUCAUGUUUGUACCUUACCUCAUUUUCCACAAAGGAGCCUAGAUCUCCACACUCUCUGUCUCUCUCUCUCUCUCUCUCUCUCCAUUCCAAGAAAAUGAACGGGUACUCAAAGAUGAGAGUAAACUCCAACUACAAAUCUCACAAAUCAAAAUCCAUGGACUUCUCAAACCUCAACUUCUCCCCAUCUCAAGAAGACCCAUAUCCCCCUCCUCCUCCUCCUCCUCCUCCAAAGCCCCUUGAAGAGGAAGAGGAACAACAAGAAAAACAGGGGGAGAGGUUCGGAGUUGUGUUGAGCAGGAACUGCUCCUCUAGCUCCCAAAGAUUCAAGGGGAGCAGCAAUGCCUCAACACUUCAGGGUGUUGCGAGGAGAGCUUUCUCAAUGAGGAAGUCCUCCUCCGUUGGAGAUGGGUAUUGGAGAAUCCAUGAUGAGGAUGGAGAUCAUGGCCAUGGGGAGGUGAUCCAUGAGGAGGAGCCCAUAAAGAUCAAGAAGAGAGGGAAGUUGUUUAGAGCUUGCAAGCGCCUGUUUAGGUUCUAGAUGUUGAGUUCUGGGUUUGUAUACUGAUUUUGAAGAGAAUAAUGUUGUCGUCCUUUUAUGGGUCACUUUAUAAUUAUCUUGAGUCUGUAAUUUUGUGGGCAUUGUUUGAAUGAUUAUAAGAUAAUAUUGCAGGUGAAUGUGGGUUUCUUUUUUUCUUUUUUUCUUUUUUCUUUUUUUUUUCGGUAGAUAUGAUGACGGUAUUAGCUCAAACAAUACAGAUUUGAAGCA